AACCGAGUGUGCCCGAGGGGAAGGGGUCUCAGGAAGCAGCCGAGGCUUUCCGAGCGGUUCCCCGGAAACAGCCGAGUGAUCCCGAGCGCUCUCCCGAAAGGGCCGAACGGGCGGACGCGACCUGUUCCCCGGUCUCCGGAGCCAAUAACCGGGAAAUAAAUUCUACCGAGAACUGGCGUGAAAGGCACCGACCAUGAGGAGGGACGUCAGGAUCCUCCUGGUGGGAGAGCCCAAAGUCGGCAAAACCUCGUUGAUCAUGUCGUUGGUGAGUGAGGAGUUUCCCGAGGAGGUGCCUGCCCGCGCUGAGGAGAUCACGAUCCCUGCAGACGUCACUCCAGAGUGCGUUCCCACCCACAUCAUUGACUACUCAGCCUCGGAGCAGACGGACGAGGAGCUCCAGGAAGAGAUUAAGCGGGCAAAUGUAGUCUGUGUGGUGUACGACGUAAACUCAGAAAGCACGAUCGAGAAGAUAAAAAGUAAAUGGAUUCCUUUGGUGAAUAGCAGUGCCAACCAAUGGAGCAAAAUUCCAGUAAUCCUGGUGGGGAACAAGUCAGAUCUGCAGGGUGCGAGCUCUAUGGAAUCCAUUCUUCCCAUCAUGAACCAGUUCACGGAAAUCGAGACCUGUGUGGAGUGCUCUGCUAAGAACCUGAAGAACAUUUCAGAGCUGUUCUUCUAUGCACAGAAGGCUGUGCUACACCCAACAGCGCCCCUAUACUGCCCAGACAAGAAAGAGCUAACUCCAGCUUGUAUUCAAGCUCUGACAAGAAUCUUCAACAUCUCCGACCAGGACUAUGAUGGGAUCCUUAACGACACUGAGAUGAAUUUCUUUCAGCAACAUUGCUUCAGGAACCCCUUAUCCCCGGAGGCUUUGGAAGAUGUCAAAUCUGUCGUCUGGAAAAACGCACCUAAUGGGAUCAAGGAUGACGGACUAACGCUAAGUGGUUUCCUGUUCCUAAACAUGCUGUUUAUCCAGCGGGGGAGACAUGAAACUACCUGGACUGUGCUCCGAAAGUUUGGCUGCGAUGAUAACUUGGAGCUGAUAGAUGACUAUCUGUACCCGGACCUACAAGUCCCUCACAACUGCACGACUGAGUUAAACCAUUAUGGCUACCAGUUUCUCCAGCGCAUCUUUGAAAAAUAUGACGUGGAUAAAGAUGGCGCCCUGUCUCCAACUGAGUUGCAGAAUUUGUUCAGGGUCUUUCCCUACUUCCCCUGGAGCUCAGAAGUCUUCAACGUCGUGUGCACAGACAGCAAGGGCUGGCUUACACUACAUGGGUACCUCUGCCAAUGGACGUUCACAGCUUACUUGGAUGUCCAUCACUGCAUGGAAUACCUGGGAUACCUGGGAUUCACUACCAUUGCCAAUCAGGAAUCCCAAACUGCAGCAAUCACAGUGACUCGGAGCAAGAUGAUCGAUCUGGAGAAAGGUCAGACUCAGAGAAAUGUCUUCCUGUGUAAAGUCAUUGGACCCAAAGGCACUGGCAAGACAGCUUUCCUUCAGGCCUUUCUCGGCAAGAACUUACUGAAGAAUGAUUCGGCUGGAGACUUCUCUGAUUACACUCUGAACACUGUGCAAAUCAACGGCCAGGACAAAUAUUUGAUACUUAAUGAGGUGGAUGUGGAGACCGAGUUCCUGAAAGCCUCAGUUGCUUCCUGUGACGUGGCUUGUCUGAUGUACGAUAUCAGUGAUGCCAAGUCCUUCAACUAUUGUGCCAGCAUUUACAAGGAACAUUACAUGGAGAGUAGAAUUCCGUGCAUUUUUGUAGCAUCAAAGGCAGAUUUGCCAGAACAGAAACAGGAACACGGGAUCACACCUGAGGAAUUCUGCUACAAGCACAGACUUCUGGCUCCGUACCACUUCACCUGCCGCAGCCCCGAAGGUCCAAACACACAGAUCUUCUCUCGUCUCGCACUCGCUGCAGCCUUCCCGCACCUGAACGAGGCAGAGCUGAGCACGUCCUCCUACUGGCUACGGGUCACAUUGGGAGCCACAGCUGUGGCGGUCCUGGGACUCGCUGUCUACAAAGCCCUGGCAAAGCACAAAUAGCAGGAGAUAUGCUUAACACUGGGGUAGUGCGUGAGUGACACUACAAUCCCACCAUGCUGUGGGAUUUUUAUUUACAACUGACCAGGAGGGAGAGAGAAUAAUCACUCUGGCUUUGAGCAGGAACAGGCAGAAGAACAAAGACUGGGACUGUUUUCCAAGGGUUCACGUUUGUUGAGCAGCUAUUCAGCAAAGCAGCAAGGCACGGACCGGUCUGACUGUUGGCAGCUACUGAAAGCAUAACAGGAAAUCGCUGUGAUCCUAGCUGAUAACGAAUGUCAGUCAAUGUCAUCCCAGAUCCUUUCACUGAUGGAAGAAAAUUGUGCUGGUAGUAAUACUCUGCUUGUUGCAUGUGGCAGAGGACACUCCCAGGCAGGAGAAUGGUUCCCUGUAAUGAGCUGGGUCAGUAUCCUAACCUCCACAUCUCCAAUCCCUCAUUGCCUUGUUCUCGUCGCUUAGAGCCCAUGGGAUCCGCUUGCCACCUGAUUCAGCGAGGCAACCAUUGCUUUGCAGGGUUAAGGUUCAAUUCUACAGGGUGACCAAAACGUCGUGAUAACUGCCCUAUUAGCUAAAAAAAACACAAAAAUAUAAUUUCUUUAAGACUUAAUUGUAAUGGUAUCACGACUUUUUGGUCACCUUGUAGAUAGCACAUCGAAGACUUCCGCUUCCACCUAGCAUUGGCCUGUAAGACCACUUUGUCUGAAAAUUUAACACCAAUUACUUUUUUUUGGAAACUUAUUUUCACAUUUCUUAAAAACUAAGACCGUAUUUAAGAAUUUUCGAUAAUUCUCUCAGCUUUUAAAUUUGAAGCUAAGAUGGUUUUGCAGGUGGGACUUGGGGGGACUCUAGUUGUAUAAUAAUGAUUAGAAAAUGAUUGCAAGUGAAGCUGUGCUGUACUGCGGCAUUCUAUGAGGGGAACGGACUGGAGUAAAUGAUAGGAAACUAGUUCCUUUUCACACUAUUUUUAUACUGGAAUUUAUGACUUGCUGCAAAUUGUUUCGGUGUCUUGUUUUUUUAAGAGCCGAAAGUAUUGAUACCUGCUAUAUCGGGGCAGGUGCUGCCACCAUCAUCCAGCUGCCAGUGGAACAUUCAGGAGAGAAAGAGGGGCAGAUGGUUGCCUACUUGGGGGAGGGGGAACCUGUGGAAUCCCAAAACAGUCUCCUCUCUCCCAACCCCACACCACUCUCUUUACCCGGCCAUUUUCCAGAGGUCUGGGAGCAGAUGGCUCUCGGCAGUAAAGUGAUGCACAGUGUAAAAUGAGAGGAAGGUGGGAGAAACACAGCAAGCCAUUUGCAUGUGGAGACAGUGUAGCUGGAUUUUGCUGGACAAGGUCAUGAAGUGGGCCACAGCCCCUGUAUUUGGAGGAGUGUAUACUUAGUCAAUCAAACGAUGCUGAAAGAAUCUCAAACUCACAGAACAGCAACGUUCGGUUCUCUUUGUUACACUCGGAAAUAUUUUGCUGGUCAUUGGAAGGGUUUGAUCCUGUUCUGACACACAGUCCCACACAUGUGCACAACUUCCUUAUUCCCUGGUAGUGAUUGAAUCCUUAUUGGGUCCUGUGGCUGUGAGUGACUGAGAGGAGUCUGCUGCUAGUCCAUAACUUGAAAAUGUCAUCUAUUUACUGAUGUGAAACUCUACUAAAUACUCCUUGCUCUUGCAUUCCAAAUGCACAACCAAGUACUAGAGGGAGACUUAAGGUAAAGUUUCAGGUCUAACCCUUCAUUGGAACUUGCUCAUUGCACGUGACUGCCUUUUUCCCAAAGUCUGCUCAUCCCAAUUCUGAUCGAGGGUCACAUCCAAGAUUUCUCUCUCGUGCUGAUCAGUCUCCUGUCAUUAACAGUGGUUUCUGGUUUCACAUUUUUCAACAUUUGUGUUUGAUUUCUAAGUUGAACCUGAUUUGGACUUUUGUGAAACGAUUCAUUACCUCUUUGCCCUUAAUGCUGUGCUCUAUAACUUGAUUGCAACCUUAAAUCUCUCUUCUUUCUGUCAAGAAUGUCUCAAUUCUUCUAGUCAGUAACUGGAAGCUCUGAUCUCUGGAAUUUGAAACUCUGAACACUUUCUGUAUGUGUCUUUUAACGAAAAUACAAGAUAUAUUUUUCAAA